AUGAGCGGACAGACUACGCGUUCAAAUUCGUGCGAGUGCGAUUCAAACGCGUACACUGGUCUCGUGCGCGAUAUCUUUCGCGUGUGCGCGUACUCUCCGAUCGAAUAUGUUGGUUUCUUGAGCGGUUUGUGUUCGAUCGCGUUUUGGAUCGUCUGCCAAUUUCCACAAGUGUUGCAAAACUAUCAGCUGAAAACGAGCGAAGGAUUGAGCGGUUACUUCUUACUCCUGUGGGCGUUCGGGGACAGUUGCAACCUGGUCGCGUGUGUCCUCACGGGAGACCAAACGCCGGUGCAGAUGUACACCGCGGUGUACUUUUUGAUGAGCGAUUCGGUGCUGAUUUCCCAAUUCGUUUUGUAUAGGAAAAGACAAAUUCAACGAGAAGAAAGGCAAACGAGAAGACGACGACGACUGAGUUUCAAUGAAUCGAUAAUACGGGAGGAGGAAGAAUCUCCUGAGGACGAGAACGAGAAUGCGGUGAUAUCGGCCACGAUGGCGAGGAUUGAUGAGAACAUCAGCACCGCGCGUAGUUACGAAGAGGAAUCGAGGAACGAUCCAACGACGCCGAAGCGCACUACUAAGAAACACAAAAAGAAGAAGAAGCCGGUGUCACCGUCGACAUACGUGACGGGUUUCUUAGGCGCAGGCGUUUCCGUGUAUUCAAUACGAUCGCUUUCUGGUUCUGAUGCAAUGAGAUCGUUGAGCGGUGCUACGCGUUCGUUGCAAAGCGCGACCGGUUGUUUGAAUCAAGCCGUAAGUACGGCGUCGGAAGCGAGAGUAACGUCCGGUCGGUUCAUCGGUUACGCUUCCGCGACGAGUUAUUUAGGAGGGAGAGUGUUUCAGAUCAUGAAAAAUAGGAAACGCAAAUCGUGCGAAGGCGUGUCGGCGUUGAUGUUUUUCUUUGCCAUUAGCGCGAACGUGACUUAUGGAAUGUCGAUCAUCUUCAUGAAGAAUUUUAGAUGGGUUGAAAUCGUCGAUUCGCUGAGCUUCUUGCUCGGUAGUUUAGGCACGUGCGUUUUGGAUUUGUACAUUUUAAAGCAAAGCAGAUAUUAUCGCGCGUUAGGCACGGACGCGUCGGCAACAACUGCUCCCGUUGAUCGCACGAGUAGUUUGAUAGAAAACGAUUGGCUGGAAAGAGAAGCGAGCGUCCACUUGCUCUCGCAAGAAGCGGUCGAAGAUUUGUAA